UCUGCUCCAGACACUUUCAUCCGAGUGUCGCUGCUGGACUCUUCAGUUCUCAUAUUUUCAUAUUAGAUCGCUGUUACAAAAACCCCUUGAGCAAAUUGACUAAAUUUUGAGACGUUUUUUCUGACUAUCGAUCAGAAAUGUCCACCGACGGAAACGAUGCACCACUUAUCAGAGCUCCAAGUGAGCAAACUUCAAUCAACAUGGGAACUCGCGGAAGGUGAGGAAACAUCAUCGAACAAUCAGGCCUUGAAGGUGGCAGGAGUGACUCUGCUGGCUGGCAUACUGAUCGCAGGUCAGGCCUUCACCGCCUACAUGGCAUACAGCCAGAAGGAGCAGCUCAACACCCUGGAGAGACGCAGUGACCGCCUGCAGGAGAUCAGCCGCAAGUCUGUAAUGCGUGCCCCCUUGCAAAUGCAUCUCCCCAUGAGCUCCCUCGCUCUGACAUAUGAGGAAGAGCCCAAGGAGAAGAAGGAUUCCUCUUCCUCAAAUCCCAAACCAGAGCUCACCCAGUGCCAGAAGGAGGCUUCUGGGGAGGUCAAGAGUCUUCUGCCAUCUUUCCGCCCCAGGUGUGAUGAGAACGGAGACUAUCUGGCUCAGCAGUGCUGGGACAAGACUGACUUUUGCUGGUGUGUGGACAAGAACGGCAUCGAGAUGCCUGAUUCCCUGACCAACGGCACUGCUAAGUGUCAGGGCUUCAAUUCUGCUGAUGCAGUGGUGGCAGAGCCUCUGCUGGGAAAAGAUGGCCACUGAAGCGGAGCAGUGAAGAGCAGUUCAAAUACAAAUAGCAUUUUCUGCUAUCUUUAAUUUUAACAGUUCUACUUUAACAUUUAUGGCUUGGUUUGAGGUAAACAGCUUUAUAUAUAGUCGAUUAAGGUAUUUUGCUGUCACAAUAGUGGAAAAUAAAGUUAACUGUUUUGUAUUGUACUGAUAAUUAUUACAGACUAUAGUAGAUUCAGCAGUGUUGACCUUUUAUGAAAAACUUUCACUUGAUGGAAUUGUACAAUUGCUUACUAUUGCUUUUUUUAACUAACCUUUAAUGUCUUCUUAUUGUGAGUGUAAAAUGGAUCGAGAGAUAAGUAAUAUAUAGAAGGAUAGCUGAAAUUUGAUGAUGGAUAGCAAACAAAGAUGGACAAUAAAAUGAAUUACUAACUA